UUAUGUUACGACUAAUCGAUACAGUCGACGCUGUUGCAUACUCGAUAUCUCGAAGAUCGCUCAGUCUUUCUUCCGCAACCACAUCUAGAAGAAAGAAAUAAUAAUGGCGGACGCUGCUCCAGCCGCGCGUGGAGGAUUCCGUGGAGGCUUUGGCUCUCGUGGAGGUGGCGGUGAUCGUGGUGGUUCAAGAGGUAGAGGCCGCGGAGGCAGAGGAAGAGGUCGUGGUCGUGGACGUGGCAAAGAAGACAGCAAAGAAUGGGUUCCAGUGACCAAGCUUGGCCGCCUGGUCAGGGAUGGAAAAAUCGAAUCCUUGGAACAUAUCUAUCUUUUCUCGUUGCCAAUCAAAGAAUACGAAAUCAUUGACAAAUUCCUCGGAGUUGAUUUAAAAGACGAAGUCUUAAAAAUCAUGCCUGUACAGAAGCAGACUAGAGCAGGUCAACGCACCCGUUUCAAGGCAUUUGUGGCCAUUGGUGACUACAAGGGUCACAUUGGUCUAGGCGUAAAAUGCUCUAAAGAAGUAGCUACUGCCAUCCGUGGUGCUAUCAUCUUGGCCAAGCUCUCCGUUGUGCCAGUACGUCGUGGUUACUGGGGUAACAAAAUUGGCGACCCUCAUACUGUACCUUGCAAAGUCACUGGUAAAUGUGGAUCGGUUCAAGUACGUUUGAUCCCUGCACCCAGAGGUACAGGUAUUGUCUCUGCACCUGUGCCAAAGAAACUGCUUCAAAUGGCUGGCAUCGAGGAUUGUUACACGUCCGCAAGGGGAUCAACAUGUACUCUUGGUAAUUUUGCCAAGGCUACUUACGCAGCUAUUGCAAAGACCUAUGCAUACCUCACACCAGAUCUCUGGCACAACCAGGCAUUAAAGAAAGCACCUUACCAGGAAUUCGCUGAAUUUCUAUUCAAAAACCAUAAAGGUGUUGGAGGACAAAGACCUGCUGAAGUUGUUUAAACAAUAAACCUCCAUGCAAAAAGAA